GAUCCACGACUGACAGCUGUGCUGUGAUUGGCUGCUCCAGGAGGAGGCUGCCAUGACACAGUGGAUGCUGCACAGAAUCAGUUCCACAGCAUCACCAGGCAGCAGACCUCCAUCCUCCUCGUUAUCCCUCUCUCCUUCUCUUUUUUCUCCUCCUUUGCCUCUCGUCCUCUCACACCAACCUUGCUCUCUCUUCUCUCUCCCUCCUCCUCCCCCUCGGACAGGCAGACAGACAGGCAGGAAUAGCAGCAGCAGCAGCAGGCGGACUGGUAGGUGUGCUGAGGCCUUUCUCCCUCCUGCAGCACAGGCAAGACAUUGCGUUCUCCUCUGAUCUCCGUCAAGGACUAUCUAUUUGAGAAGUGUGUGUGUGUGCGCGUGUGAGAGCAGGGAUCUGGAAAGUAGGCAGAGAGGACUACCACACCUUGGGAGCAUUUACUACCACUGCAGGAGCUACACUGGGUGAAUGUUGUGGAUAUUUUCACAAACACACAUCCUGUCCAUCUUGUGCUUGUUUCUGUUUUCAUAUUUUAUAUUUUAUAUGGGCUGUUUGUUGUUUUUCUACAGCUGUGGGAUUUGCUUCCACAUGGAAUAGGCCUUGUGCGUCUGCACACGUGUCUUUGCUAAUGAGUGUGUUGAAUGUCUAACAAAGGUCACUCCAUUUGGCAUGCUGUGUGCACAUAUUGUCAGCCUGCUUAAUGACAGCCCUCCUCUUUUCUUUCCAAAACUGACUUCAUCAUCAGCCUUUGCAUCCACUUCUUCCUGCCUCGCAUCUUCUUCCUCACCAGUUUUCCAUUCUUGUGCAUCUUCUUUUCCUCAAAGUCCCUUUCCCCUUUCUAUAAAACUCUCUUUCUCCUCCCUCUCCAUUCUUGUCUCCCAUCUCAUCGUCACGCCUCUUCUCCUUCCGGCCGGCUGGUUUCCCAGGAUGCCUUGUUCCAGGCUGCUCCGCUAGGCCGUAGCAGCAUGGGCGGAGGCUGGGUGGGGAGAGAGAGCACGGAUCGGACCCUUCCCCUCAGGACGGGCGCGCUGGCGGGUCACCCUCCCUCGGCUUCAGAUGGGCGAGGACGCUGAGAGCCCCAAAAUCAACCACACCUUCCUGCGAGACUACGUCACUGAAGCUGAUGUUAUCUCUACGGUGGAGUUUAACCAGACAGGGGACCUUCUGGCCACGGGGGAUAAAGGUGGCAGAGUGGUCAUCUUCCAGAGAGAAACUGAGUCUAAAGGGGAGUCAGAGGAGGCGGGGGAGACAGGGGACUCUGGGGAGUACAAUGUCUACAGUACGUUCCAGAGCCACGAGCCAGACUUUGACUACCUGAAGAGUCUGGAGAUUGAAGAGAAAAUCAACAAGAUCAGAUGGCUGCCACAGCAGAAUGCGGCACAUUUCCUCCUCUCCACCAAUGAUAAGACCAUUAAACUGUGGAAGGUGAGUGAGAGAGACAAAAGACCAGAGGGAUACAACCUGAAAGAUGAGGAGGGACGGCUCAAGGACAUCUCUACCAUCACCUCUCUGCAGGUGCCAGAGCUGAAACCUACAGAUCUGAUGGUUGAGGUUCGUCCUAGACGAGUGUUCUCCAAUGGUCAUACCUACCAUAUUAACUCCAUCUCAGUCAACAGCGACGGGGAGACCUACCUGUCUGCUGAUGACCUCCGCAUCAAUAAUUGGCACCUGGGCAUCACGGACCGCAGCUUCAAUAUUGUGGACAUCAAACCAGCCAACAUGGAGGAUCUGACCGAGGUGAUAACAUCAGCAGAGUUCCACCCUCACCACUGCCACCUGUUUGUGUACAGCAGCAGCAAGGGCACCCUGCGCCUCUGUGACAUGAGAGCCUCUGCACUCUGUGACAAACACACAAAACAGUUUGAGGAACCCGAGGAUCCAGGGAGCCGGUCCUUCUUCUCAGAAAUCAUCUCUUCUGUGUCAGACGUGAAGUUCAGCCACAGUGGACGCUACAUGCUGACGAGAGACUACCUCACCGCCAAGGUGUGGGACCUGAACAUGGACAAGGGCCCGGUGGAGACGUACCAGGUCCAUGAAUACCUAAGGAGUAAGCUGUGUUCCCUCUAUGAAAAUGACUGCAUCUUUGACAAAUUUGAGUGUGUUUGGAACAGCUCAGACAGUGUGAUCAUGACAGGGGCAUACAACAGCUUCUUCCGGAUGUUUGACAGGGAGACGGGGCGGGGUGUGACCCUGGAGGCCUGGCGAGAAAGCAGCAAGCCUCGGGCCGUCCUGCGGACCCGGCGUGUGUAUACUGGUGGUAAGCGUCGCCGUGGAGAUGUGGGCGUUGAUAGCCUGGACUUCACCAAGAAAAUCCUGCACAUGGCUUGGCACCCAUCUGAGAAUAUCAUUGCCAUAGCAGCCACAAACAACCUGUACAUCUUCCAGGAUCGUGUCAACCCUGAGACGCAGGCACAGUGACUGCAAUGGGAAUAUGGACAGUGACACUCUGCUUUUAUCAGAAACACAAACAGUGAACUAAAUGUAUUUAGGAGAAGACACUGGGAGUGGACAGCCUUUAUGAAAAGAUUAAGUCGAAGCUAAGCUGUUACAGAACAUACUAAGAUGCAACAUCUGUUUGUGUUGAUAAAAGAUUGGAUUCAUGAUAAAA